AAAAAAGAUGAGAAGCAGUAGGUGGCAGAGAGCUGAAGUUUGCCUGGGAAGAGUUUGGAGAGCAACGUCUGUGGCUUGUUGAGUCCACAGCCUCAAGGGCCUGAGUGGACGUGGGCCCGGGUGGGUGUCAUCUUGUUAAAUCGAAGCAGUCUAGAGACUAAGUCUCUUCGGAGGGCAUCGUCCCACGUGAAUUUUGAAUCCAUCCGCAUGUCUUGAAUGGUCCCCUGACCAUUACCCCUUCAACUGGGAAGCUUCCAGGGCCUACCUUCAUGUCCCAGCCGAGAGGGCGCCUUGAGGGAAUGGAUUCCAUGGCGAGGACCAAUAAUGUGACUGAAUUAAUUAUCACCGGUCUUUUCCAGGACCCAGAGGUGCAAAGAGCGUGCUUUGUGGUGUUUCUCCCCGUGUACUUGGCCACGGUGGUGGGCAAUGGCCUCAUUGUCCUGACGGUUAGAGUCAGUAAGAGCCUGCGUGCCCCCAUGUACUUCUUCCUUAGUCACCUGUCGCUGGUGGAGAUCAGUUACUCCUCUACAAUCGUCCCCAAAUUCAUCACAGACUUACUUGUCAAGGUUAAGACCAUCUCUCUGAAAGGUUGUCUGGCUCAGAUAUUCUUCUCCCAUUUCUUGGGGGUCACUGAGAUCUUUUUGCUGGUGGUGAUGGCUUAUGAUCGCUACGUGGCCAUCUGCAAACCUCUUCAUUAUACGAAUAUUAUGAGCCAUCGACUGUGUCAUGUGCUGGUGGCUAGUUCCUGGCUUGGAGGCUUCUUUCACUCCAUAAUUCAGAUUCUCAUCACCAUCCAAUUGCCCUUCUGCGGUCCCAAUGUGAUUGACCACUACUUCUGUGACCUCCAUCCCUUGUUCAAGCUUGCCUGCACUGACACAUUCAUGGAGGGGGUCAUUGUGCUGGCCAACAGUGGAUUAAUCUCUGUCUUCUCCUUUCUCCUCUUGGUGUCCUCAUAUGUUGUCAUCCUGGUCAGCUUGAGGAACCAUUCAGCAGAGGGCAGACGCAAAGCCCUCUCCACCUGUGCCUCUCACAUCAUGGUGGUCAUCUUGUUUUUUGGACCUGCCAUCUUCCUCUACAUGCGGCCCGCCUCCACCUUCACUGAGGACAAGCUGGUGGCCGUGUUCUACACGGUGGUCACCCCCAUGCUGAACCCCAUCAUCUACACACUCAGAAAUGCAGAGAUGAAAGUUGCCAUGAGGAGAUUGUGGGGCAAAAAGGAGAACUCAGGGAUGGAGUGA